AUGGGCGCAUUGGAUCUUAUUCGAAACCGUGAUGCACGAACGGCGCAGACGGUGGUCGGUACGGACGAGUAUCACUUUAGGGAUGAGAAGCACCACCAUGCGAAUGACUUCGAGGUCCAUGCUUGGGGUCCUUCGACUGAGACUCGCAGCAAUGCCGGACUGCGACACAAUUCCCGCGAGGGGGUAACGGAAGAGGCGCAACGGGGUGUGCAGAAGGCUGAAGCUGUCGCAUUGGUCUGGAGUAAGAAGGCGGCGUUUGGCACAUAUGCUCUUGUCUGGCUGGGAUUCUUCAUCCUCGCUCUGCAGUCGUCUAUCAGCAGCGCCAUUAUCCAGAACGUCUUUGCCAACUUCAGUGCCGCUCCCCAAGUCAGCACGGCGAAUAUCCUUUCCAACGUCAUUGCCGGUGUGUUAAAGCUGCCCGUGGCUAAAAUCCUCACUAUUUGGGGGCGUACUGAGGGACUGUUGGUCUUUGUCGCCGUCUAUGUCCUUGGUAUUAUCAUCCUUGCUGCCUGCAACAGCCCGGACUCGUACGCCGCUGGAUAUAUCCUGUAUUGGGUUGGAUAUGACGCUCUCUACCUGAUCCUGGAUAUUUUCAUUGCCGAUACAACUGGUCUUCGCAACAGAGCUUUUGCCUUCGCCUUCGCCAGUACUCCGUUCAUCUGCACGGCAUUUACUGGUCCAUUGGCCGCUCAAUCCUUCCUGAAGACUUCGGGCUGGCGGUGGAGUUACGGAGUGUUUGCUAUCGUCGCGCCACUGGUCUUUCUUCCACUGGCAGUGGUAUUCAAGAUGCAUGAGAAGAAAGCUGAGAACGAGGGUAUCUUCCGACGACGCCCAAGUGGGCGGACUACCAUGGAGUCAAUCAUCCACUAUAUCCACGAAUUUGACAUCUUCGGCGCAUUCCUCCUAAUGGCCGCGUUCACCCUCGUCCUCCUCCCCUUCAGUCUAACCAGCUACGGCGCUGCCCAAUACAACAGCGCCACCUUCAUCGCAAUGGUAAUCGUCGGCUUCCUCCUCUUCCCAACCUUCGCGGCCUGGGAACGCUUCGGCGCCAGAACCCACUUCAUCCGCUGGGAACUCCUCAAAGAGCGCACCGUCCUUGGCGCAUGCUUUCUCUCCGCCCUGGUUUUCUUCAGCUUCUACUGCUGGGACCUAUACCUGCUCAACUUCUGCAUCGUGGUCUUCAACCUCUCCAUCGGGAUGGCCGGGUACGUGAACCAGAUCUUCAACGUCGGGAGUACAUUCUGGUCUGUCCUCGUGGGCAUUGUUAUCCGGAUUACACGGCAGUUCAAAUAUCAGACUCUCUUCUUCGGCAUGCCUCUCCUUUUGCUGGGCUCGGGGCUCAUGAUCCACUUCCGAGGGCAGAGCGAGGAUAGUACCGUUGGGUAUAUGGUUAUGUGUCAGAUCUUUAUUGCCUUCGGGGGUUCUACCCUGACCAUCGGUCAGGAUAUGGCUGUGAUGGCAGCCGCCGAUCGCGAGAGUGUGCCCAUGAUGCUAUCGAUUCUCAGUCUCUCGUCUAGUAUCGGGGCAGCGCUGGGGUUUGCGGCGUCGGCGUCGGUCUUUAAUAAUACGUUCUUGAAGUUUUUGACGGAGGCCCUUCCCGAAAACUCGAAGGAUCUUGCGACAGAGAUCUAUAUCAACGGGUAUGUGAAGCAGAUUACGCACCCGGUGGGCUCGGAGAUAAGGACUGCGAUUAAUCAUGCGUGGAGCGAGUAUAUGAAGUAUGCUUGUAUUUUGUCUACUUGUGUACUGGUCUCGGGCUUUCCGGCUAUCGCUGUUUGGCGCAAUUAUCGGCUCGACAGGAAGCAGAAUAAGGGAGUUGUCUUGUGA